CCAUGAUAAUUGAAGAUAUCUAGGGUAAUAAAAAGAAUAAAAAUAUUCCUUGGAUUGAAAAGUAUAGACCCUCUACAUUAGAUGAAGUAAUCUCUCAUGAGGAGAUAGUAUCUACAAGUAAGCAAUUAAGUAAUGUUAAACUUAGUUAAAAAAUUUAAUGAAAAAAAUAGAUUACCAAAUCUAUUACUUUAUGGACCUCCUGGAACAGGUAAGACAUCUACAGUAAUUGCAUUGGCUAAAUAGAUUUAUUAGAAUAAAUAUAAUUAAAUGGUUUUAGAAGUAAUAAGUAUUGUGAAUAUUAAUAGCUUAAUGCAUCAGAUGAAAGGGGUAUUAAUACAGUUAGAGAAACUAUCAAAGGAUUUGCAGAAUCUCAAUCAUUUACAUUCACAAAGGAUAAAAACACAUCAAUAAAAUUAGUUAUUUUGGAUGAAGCUGAUGCUAUGACAGCAGCAGCAUAAUUUGCAUUACGUCGAAGUAAAUAUCAAUUAAAAUUUUAGUCAUUGAAAAAUAUGCAAAAAGUACUAGAUUCUGUUUUAUAUGCAAUCAUAUAUCUUAAAUUAUUCCAGCUAUUUAAAGUAGAUGCACAAGAUUUAAGUUCAAAUAAAUUAAUUUAGAUGUGGCUAGUUCAAGAAUAAAAUAUAUUUGUGAGACUGAAAAUAUCCCAUUAGAUGAUUAAGCUAUUAAAUCUGUGUUUGAAUUAUGUUCAGGUGAUAUGAGAAGAGUUGUAAAUAUGUUAUAAUCAUUAUCUUUGUCUACAUCAAAUUCAAAUCUAGAAGUCAUUAAUUCCUAAUAUGUCUAUUAAUUUACAGGAAUGGCACAUCCUGAUUUAAUAAAAUAGAUUUUAGAAUAUUUAAUGAAUCCAUCUGAGAUUUAAAAAACAUAUAUGAAAAUAAAAACUAUUUUAAAUGAAUAAGGAAUAUCAUUAUAAUUAUUACUUACAGAAUUAAGUACAUAAUUAUUAGGAUUAAAUGUAUUAAAUGAUAAAUAAAAAUGUAAUAUUAUUGAAAGAAUGGCUGAACUUGAAUAUCGACUAUCCAUAUGUUGUAAUGAUUAAGUGUAAUUACUAUCUUUGAUUGGUAUUUUCAAUGAAGUUCUUUUAUGA